GCCCGAGCUACAUUUCCUGUUUGUAAGAAAGCUGGUGAAGAGAAGACUAGAGCCCUUUGAGAUUGACGGCAACUCCAGAGAUAGAUUUGUGCUCCUAAGUCUGAUAUAAAACAGCAUCCAAGGUCUACCAACGUAACAUAAGUUGAUUUCCUGUUGCAUAAAGAGGUGUGGGGCAUUCUUACAAGCAACAUAACCAGAAGAGUUCUGAGCAGGAAGAAAAGCUGCACCUUAGCCGAUGUGACUCAUGAUUUUGCACCACAUGGGAUUAUUUAUCUUACUUCAUCGUUGUAAGAACAUCUGUGGAUUGGAAUAAAACAAAACUAAAACAUCUCCUGCAACACCAGCGUAAUUAGGGAAAAAAAACAGAAGGGACACUUCCUAAGUUACAGGAAUGGACUGCCAUUAUUCUGUCUGGGGAGUUCUGGCCUUUCUAAGUUUGGCUCUCAUUUUUUCAUUGAUACUGAAUAUUUCACACUAUAUGAAAAAGAAACAAGAAGGAAAAGUGACCUUACACUGGGAAAUCUGCUCCUUGUGCUGCAUGCAUAUGGAUGGGCAGGCAAACACAGCUAAAACAUAUAAAGACAAUGAAGACAACACUGAAAGCUAUAGUGACUGCUACAGAGGAGAUGACCCAGUUUAUGGCAAUCUCAGUCAAGAUAUUUUAGAGGAAUGUUGUUACGAGCAGAUGAAGUCCCAGCCUCAAAGGCCAGUUAAUGAACUACAACAGGUGGAAUCAGUUGAUCAGAUGUGUUACGCCUCACUUGAUCACAGCACCAAGGGAAAACGCAGAAAACCAAGGAGGAAGAAAGACCCUCCAUUAGAGGAUGAAGAAGAAAGAUCAUCUAAAUCCACCAUUACAGCUUCCAAAGCUUGCAUUUACCUUAACAGUGAGCAACUGGCUGCUGAAAAUACAGCAAACAUAGAAGCCAUUCAUGACGAUCCCAUAAGAUUAAUGGGUUUGAUUCAUAGGACAAAUGGAGAGAACAUUUGAAGCGGCUUCAUGAACCAAGUAUGAAAUCAAAGUGAGAUAUGCUUUAUUAAUUCUGGAGGAAGAGUGAAUGAUUAGAGACUGUACCCUGCCAAACUUAAAUUACAAACAAUGGUGUGAAGCAGCUAAAUAAAACAUUCCAAAUCACCUUCAAAACACAUCUAUGGAUUAAGCAAAAAAUAGCUGUAGGCUCAUGCUGCCCUUUUAAAGGGACUUUCCUUCUGAAUACAUUGUGAAAGGGAGCUGUGAACAGAGAGAUACCAGCUUCUACAUGGUAAAGUAAAAAUUAAUACUUUGUUUAAAAAUAACCAUCGAACUUCAUACAGUCCUAGAAGAUCCACUGAGUUGCCUGUAGAACUCUCACAGAGUAUGACUACUCUUCUACAUAGGUUUUAACAGUACUAUUGAAAAGAAAUGGCGUUUCACAUAUGCACACUUAAGGGUUCAGAUGCUUUCCCAAUUAAAAAUAGGUCCGCAUUCAAGAUUGUGUAUUUUCCCAUGGUGAACAGUCUACAGCAUGGUGUCCAACCUUUCAGCUUGCCUGGGCUGCACUAAGUGAAAAGAAACUGUCUUGGGCCAAUGUUUUGGUUGCUGCUGAAUGAUGGGGUGCGCUAAGGACCAGCUUGGACUGCUUGGUUGGGAAGAGCCACUGCCAUGAUGGGAAGGGGGGGGGGAGUGAGGCUAAUUACUAGCGGUCUUGGGCUUCAUGCAGCCUGUUACAUAUCCUCACUUUCCUUUUGUGAGCAAUAUCGGCGUACAUCUCGAAUCUUCAUUCCUCUACUAACAUAACACUUUUUUUGUAUAACACCACUUUUUUUGUACUCAAGAAUAAGUAAGGAUACUGGCAAAUGAUUUCUAACCAUCAGCCUUUGCCAGAGAAUUUUUCUAAUUUUCUAUUUUCUAUUUAAAUUCCUAGUGCCUUUGUCAAUAAACUUCUUCACAAAAGUAGAAAGAA